AUGAAACUCAUCUUUCAAGCAUGUUCAAUGAUUGUCACAUUGGGCAACCUGGUGGCUUUUCAGUUACAGUCUUCAGGUUGGAAAGAUGCCAUCAACACCACAAUAAUAAAUUUCAAUAAUGAGAAGAUGCAUAUCACGUGGCUGGCAAGUGAUAUAUUUCCUGGCAAGAAUGUGUCAUUUUCUUAUACAUUUGAUGAAGACAAGCACAAAAUUUGGAAACCAUGUCCCACCUAUUUAUUGGAUCAAGAUUAUAAUUCUGGAUGUGUUUUUAAGACAGAAGGACCCACCCUUGCCAUCUCUAUCAGGAAUGGGAAUGGAAGUGAAGAGCUUUUUUCUAAAAGACUGAAAUCUGAUUUUUAUAUAAAGCCCAAUCAACCAGAAAAUGUGACCUUCUUCUGGAAAGAGGACGCUGUUACUGUAAGCUGUAACAAACCAGAAAGAGGUGUGAAGUGUUUGAAACUUGAGCUGCAACACAAAAGCAAGUUUGACAAAGAUUGGCAAUCCAGAACUUCUAAGUGCUGUAGUGUUGGAGACCAAGGCUUUGAUCCAAGGAAAUGCUAUUUUUUCCAUGUCAGACUGAAGAGGCUAGUACCCUAUUGCAAUGUAGUUGAAUACAGCAGUGACUGGGAAGCAGAAACAUUUUGGAUGAAUGGCACAUUACUAGAUUCAUGCAAUGAUGAUACAAAAUCUCAGUCAAACACAGUAGUUGUUUUAAGUUGUUUGCUGACAGGACUUCUAAUGAUGCUUAUCCUCUUGGUUCUUCUGUGUAAAUGGCAGAGUCUUCAGAAAUCUGUCAUGCCUGCUAUACCUGAUCCAAAAUACGCAUUUACUGAUCUCUUCAAUGAUCAUAAUGGAAAUUUUCAGGAAUGGAUAGACAAAACUGAUCAUGUAGUGGUGCAAAUCAAGCUAGAAUAUGAAGAGCUAGAGUGCACCGUUGAAGCAGAAAACCAGCAAGAGGAUGAGAAUAGCAACAAACAGGGGCUUCAUGAAAAUAUCUUUGUUUCUUCAGGAGCAGCUGAAAACAGUGACCUCAAGGCAGCUCAGAUUGCUUGCCUGCCGCCAACAUCCAACACUAUAGCUUCUUUUGCUGGCUUCCAGAUUUUAAAGAAUGAUGACAUGUAUGUGAUGUUAUAA